AAAAAUGUUUCGAUCUGUGAUACAUCUUAAACAGUACGACAUAGUAUUCUGUCGUUCCGGGAAAAUCCCCGGAGAGACGUUUAAUACGGAGCAGUAAACUGGAAAACUGGGACCCACCUCGGUAACCCACUCACGUCUUCUUUUCCUUUCGUCUCUAGUCCUCGUCUCCCCCCAAUUCCACCAUACCAUGCUCUGCGCCUCACUUUUUCACCAGCGUCUAAGCGUCUUCCGACUACUACUCUCUCUAAUGUUCUGAACUUGUAUAAACCAACUCCGAAGCCCAUCGGUUGAGAGGAUGGGGGAGAGUUGGGCGCUGGGGCGUGGGCGGGUGGUCGGGGACUACAUUCUGGGGCCGAGGAUCGGGUCCGGGUCGUUCGCGGUGGUGUGGCGGGCGCGGCACCGGCAGCACGGCCUGGAGGUGGCCGUGAAGGAGAUCGACAAGGACCAGCUCAACUCCAAGAUCCGCGACGGCCUCCUCAAAGAGAUUGCCAUCCUCCGCCAGGUCUCCCACCCCAACAUCGUCCGCCUCCACCAGGCCAUCCAGACGGAGGAUAAGAUAUUUCUCGUGCUGGAGUACUGCACGGGCGGGGAUCUCGCAGCGUACAUACAGCGGCGGGGGAGGGUUUCGGAGGCCGUCGCGAGGCACUUUAUGCGGCAGCUGGCUUCGGGGUUGCAGGUUCUUCAAGAGAAUAAUCUCAUCCACAGGGACCUGAAGCCGCAGAACCUUCUACUGUCAAGUACUGAUGAAACCCCUGUGUUGAAGAUUGGGGAUUUUGGGUUUGCAAGGUAUCUGAUGCCGCAAGGGUUAGCUGACACACUUUGUGGUUCCCCUUUAUACAUGGCUCCAGAGAUUAUGCAGGAUAGACAAUAUGAUGCCAAGGCUGACUUAUGGAGCGUGGGAGCAAUUCUGUUCCAGCUGGUCACAGGGAAGCUGCCUUUUGAUGGAAAUACUCAUUUUCAGCUUUUCCAGAAUAUAUUGGCAUCUAAUGAACUGCAAUUUCCAGAAGAUGUUUUGAUGGACUUGCAUCCUGAUUGUAUUGAUCUCUGUAGAAGCCUUCUACGUCGAAAGCCAGUGGAGAGACUAGCAUUUGAAGAUUUUUUCAACCACAAGUUCUUGGCGCCAAGGAUAAGUGGAACUGCUAUAGAGUCACCCGCAGAUGUUAACUUAGGAGAUGAUGAUCCAUCGAAUUCUUCAGAUGUGCAUACCAUGAAGACUGAAAGCAUGGAUCGAGGUCUUUCAUUCUCAAGUACUUCAAAAGUUGCCGACUCGUUCGACUCCAUCGAACAAGAAUAUGUUCUUGUUCCUGCUAAUUUUGCUUCUAUGGAGACUUUAUUUUCUUCACUGGAGACAUCCGUGCGAGAUAAUUCUACAACUAGACCUCCUAGUUACAGGCAGAAGAUGACUAGCAAGGGUGCUGCUGGUCUGAUGCAAACUAGGGAGCUAGUUGUUAGUUCUAUUUGUGGAGUGGAGAGUGUGGGGAGCCAUGUUUCUGCUCUGCAAUCAACAUCACAGACAUCUAUUGCAUUGGAAGAUGUGCAGGAGACAUCAUCAUUGCAUCCUUCCACUAGGCUUCAGCUUCUAAGCCAGUAUGUAAAUGCCCUCACAGAAUUAGCACAAGGAAAGCUUCAUGCAGGAUUGCAUCUGGAAUCAUUUUCACUUGAACUAGUGACUUUAGCUGUUUGGAAAGAAGCCCUAGACAUAUGUAAUUUAUGGAUGGCCUCCAAAACUGAGACAGAUACUUUCAAUACUUCUUCUGCUAAUGAGUAUCUAUCUCAUCAAAAAGAUCACAUGUCUCUGAACAUAGCAGAGGGAGUGGAUUUCAUGAAGCCGUCAUCUGUUUCCUUGUGGGCAGAGAAGGGAUUUGUUGUUGCAUAUGAUCGAGCUGAAGAGAUCUCUAAUAGCUUGCGGGACAUAGGUGAUUUGGAGAUGCCUGAUGCCGUGGAGAUUAUAUUUCAAACAGCUUUAGCUUACGGGAAAAGUGGUGCUGUGGAUGAAGUUAGGGGACAGAGGAGCAAAGCAGUUGCAUCUUACUCGAGAGCAAUCAUGUUGCUUACAUUUAUUAUGGUGGAAGCAGUGUCACUCCCGUUGAAGCCACCAUUUUCGCUCACUCCUUUAGAUCAGCAACGGAUCCAGAGAUACAUUAUCAAUUUAAGAGGUCGACUAAACAAGUCUCAUAUGGCACAACUAACUGACAGGCAAACUAAUGAAUCUUCCAGCAAGUAAAUAGAUAUGACUCAUCAAGUAGAUUGAUUUGACUCAUCAAGUGACUGCCCCCGGUAUUACUCAGGAAACCAUCAUCUUGGAUAACAUCAUAACAUCUAAUCACAAAACCAGUCAUUGUUUGUCAGACAUCUGUAUUAUAAUCAAGUUUUCUUUUAGAGAAGCUCAUCCAUGCGUGGCUGGGUUCCCUAAAAUUUUGGUUACAAAGCUCCUCAUAUGCAAAUGAAUGUAUAAUCUGUCUUAUAUCUUGAUGACAUUGUAAAUAAAAAAACUAUAAACUGUACAGAUAAAUCAUUGUCAAUAUCAACUUGAAUUGGUACUCA